GCAGUUCCCGCACGUGCGCACCUCCACCUCCCCCAAGUUCCGCUGCCGGCUGCCGCGGCGGGUCCCCGUCCAGAUGGCCACCGCGACGCACGGCGAGGCCCCGGGCUCGAACGGCGCCGAGGGCGUCGAGAUGGUGGAGGCGAACGAGCUCCGGCGGCGGGGCAAGCCCGGCGACGGCCGCGCGGCCUCGGCGGCGUCGCCGGCCCGCGACGGGGCGGGGGCGGGCGCGGGCGCGGGCGCGGAGGAGGACGAGGCGGCGGCGGGGGCGCCUUCCGUGGAGCGCGCGUUCGCGGGCCAGCCCGUGCCGUCGUGGCGGGAGCAGCUGACGGUGCGCGCCUUCGUGGUCAGCUUCUUCCUCGCCGUCCUGUUCAGCAUCAUCGUCAUGAAGCUCAACCUCACCACGGGGAUCAUCCCCUCGCUCAACAUCUCCGCGGGGCUCCUCGGAUUCUUCUUCGUCCGCCUCUGGACCAAGGCCAUCGAGAGCGUGGGCUUGCUCAAGCAGCCCUUCACGCGCCAGGAGAACACCGUCAUUCAGACCUGCGUUGUCGCCUCCUACGGCCUCGCCUUUAGCGGGGGCUUUGGUAGCUACCUAUUGGCCAUGAGUGAUAAAAUUGCUGCCAUGUCAACUGAGGCAAACGAUGCUCAAAAUAUAAAAAAUCCACAACUUGGAUGGAUAAUUGGUUUCUUGUUCCUUGUCAGCUUCAUUGGGCUCUUUGGGCUUGUGCCACUGAGAAAGGUUAUGAUCGUCGACUACAAGCUGACAUAUCCCAGUGGCACUGCAACAGCCUACCUCAUAAACGGCUUUCACACGCCCCAGGGUGCCAAGCUUGCAAGGAAGCAAGUGAAGAAAUUGGGCACAUUCUUUGUCCUUAGCUUUGUUUGGGGUUUCUUUCAGUGGUUCUAUACUGCUAACAUAGAAGAAUGUGGAUUCCAAAAAUUUCCAUCAUUAGGCAUGCAAGCUUUUGACAACAGGUUUUACUUUGACUUCUCUCCUACGUAUGUUGGAGUGGGAAUGAUUUGCUCACAUAUUGUCAAUGUAUCUAUUCUCCUGGGUGCCAUUCUCUCCUGGGGAAUAAUGUGGCCCCUCAUAGCCAAGAAAAAGGGAAUUUGGUUCUCUGCUGAUCUCGCUGACACCAAUCUUCAUGGAAUGCAAGGUUACCGGGUCUUCAUGGCCAUUGCCUUGAUUCUUGGAGAUGGUAUAUACAACGUACUAAAGAUAUCCAUUCUCACAGCAGUUUCAUUAAGAUCUCAACUCAAGAAAAGUAAUGCUAGUACACUUCCUAUCUCUGAUGAUGCCAUAGUUACCGACACCGCCCCUGUCUCAUACGACGAAGAGCGGCGCAAUGAACUCUUCACCAAAGACCAAAUUCCUUGGUAUGUUGCACUUGGAGGCUAUGUUGUUAUUGCUGCCAUAUCUAUCGGUACUGUGCCGCAGAUAUUUCCACAGCUGAAGUGGUACCACAUCCUGGUAGCCUACAUUUUUGCUCCUCUACUUGCCUUCUGCAAUGCCUAUGGAUCUGGUCUCACUGACUGGUCUCUAGUUACCACCUACGGAAAGCUUGCGAUCUUUGCAUUCGGUGCAUGGGUAGGCGCCUCGCAUGGUGGCGUCCUUGCUGGGCUGGCUGCCUGUGGCGUGAUGAUGAACAUUGUGGGCACAGCUGCUGACCUGAUGGGGGACUUCAAAACCGGAUACCUGACACUGGCCUCACCGAGGUCAAUGUUCAUCAGCCAAGUCAUAGGCACGGCGAUGGGCUGCGUCAUCGCACCCUGCGUGUUCUGGCUAUUCUACAAGGCCUUCGGCAACAUUGGCGUCGACCGCAGCGAGUACCCCGCGCCAAACGCCGCCGUGUUCCGUAGCAUGGCGAUCCUGGGCGUGGACGGCUUCUCCUCGCUCCCGAAGAACUGCCUCACACUCUGCUACGUGUUCUUCGCCGCGGCGAUCGUCAUCAACCUGAUCAGGGACCUGGUGCCCAAGAAGGUGUCGCGGUUCAUCCCGAUCCCGAUGGCAAUGGCCAUCCCUUUCUACAUCGGGGCGUACUUCGCAGUGGACAUGUUCGUCGGGACGGUGAUACUGUUCGUGUGGCAGAGGCUGGACAGAGCCAAGGCGGACGCGUUCGCGCCUGCGGUCGCGUCCGGCAUGAUCUGUGGCGAUGGGAUAUGGGUCCUGCCUCAGUCGCUGCUGGCUCUUGCCAAGGUGAAGCCUCCGAUCUGCAUGAAGUUCCUGUCGAGGACGAUGAACGACAAGGUGGAUGCUUUCCUUACAACGCUAUCGUAGAAUGUUUUCUGGAGAUGAAAUGUUAAUAGUUGUGACUUGUGAAGUUCAUGUUCCGCCUGCUUCUCAUCUGCUGUGCGUGUAGUGGGGAAUAGUCUUUUCCGUUGUGAAUCCGUAUGUCAGAGAGAGGACAAUAUUCUGAGAUUAAUAUCAGAUGAAAAAAUAUGUACAGGUUGAUGAAAAGCUGUAGUAUUCCUGUUGGUCUAUUAAGUGUGAUACAUUUCAUA